AUGGCCAUCAAAGUAAGCACGCGACUGUUAAUGUUAUCGACCUUCUUCAUACUCACUUCCAUUCCGAUCACAUCCUUCGCUUGCCCUCUUCAUCAAAAACAAGCACUUCUCCACUUCAAAUCCACCCUCACCACCAUCCUCAAUUCCAAUUCCAGUUCCCCUAUAGACUCAUGGAAUCCCAAUUCCGAUUGCUGCACAUGGGACCGCGUUAAAUGCAGCACAACAGCAAACGUCACCGAGCUCCACCUAUCUACCAUAGUCCCACUGUCUGUUAAUCGGGUUUUCUCUGAGAUAUUGGCUCCAAUUUUCCAAAUCCAGUCGUUGGAACUACUUGAUAUCUCGAUGAACUUAUUGCAAGGAGAAAUCCCUGAUAGGUUCGGUAAUCUCACCCGACUGAUUCAUCUUGACAUGACCCAAAACAGCUUCACGGGUCCAAUACCAGCAUCGAUGCAAAAUUUGAGCAGUUUAGAAACCCUUCAGCUUAAAAACAACAAGCUAGCCGGAGAAAUCCCAACUUGGUUAUUCAAUAUCACGACUUUGAAGAAUUUGUUUAUCGGUGGAAGAGGAAGCACCUUGAUUUUGAAUAACAGAGCAAAGAUUGUUCCAAAUUGUAGUCUGCAAUAUAUCUCUAUGCCUUACUGUGGAAUUUCAGGCGAAAUUCCUGAAUGGAUUUCAUCACAGAAGGAAUUGGCUUUUCUUGAUUUGAGUGGGAAUCAAUUAGAGGGGAAAUUCCCAGAUUGGCUUGCUGAGUUGGACGUCGGAAUCAUAAUCCUCUCGGAUAACAACCUCACCGGAUCAAUCCCACCUCGCCUAUUUGAAUCUAUAAAUUUAUCAGUUCUUGCCUUGUCAAGGAACAAAUUUUCUAAGGAGUUGCCGGAGAAUAUAGGAAACGCCAGAGGGCUCGUGAUUCUUAUGUUAUCGGGAAAUAAUUUUUCGGGUCAAGUUCCAAAGUCGAUAUCCAAGAUUUUCGGGCUAAAUAUUCUAGAUUUGUCUAAUAACAGAUUUUCCGGCGAUAAUUUUCCUGUUUUUGGAGAAUCACCUUUUCACAUGUACUUCGACUUUUCAUACAACGAUUUUUCCGGUAAAGUCCCAUUGACUUUGUCUUCCUUUUUACGAGUUCUUAAUUUGGGUGGGAAUAAGUUUUCCGGCGACCUGCCGUCUAAUUUGACUAACAUGGACCGCCUUGAAAUUCUCGAUCUUCACAACAAUGAUAUUACGGGGAAUUUUCAAGAUGUCCUCCCUCAAAUCCCGAAUUUGCAAGUUCUAAGCUUAAGAAACAAUUCGCUUGAAGGAUUUAUUCCAAGAACAAUCUCCAACCUCACUUCUCUUCGGAUUCUAGAUCUCUCCGGGAACAACCUAACCGGAAACAUUCCACCGGAAAUUUCAAGCCUUGAAAAAAUGAUCGAAACUCCGCCCAUGGAAACAUUAUUUGAUGCUGUACUCAUCUAUGGCUUAAGAAGUGACGAUUUACGGAAUGCCAAUGAGUUUCAAGACUUGAUUUUUAACUGGAAAAACUCUUUUCGAGGUCUGUCUAGGCGCAACCUAAACAUCUACUCUUUGUUGGACUUAUCCGAUAACAGAAUCUCCGGUGAAAUUCCGGCAUCGUUGGGCAAUCUCAAAGGUCUAAAGUUGCUCAAUAUUUCCCAUAACAGCAUCUCCGGGAAAAUUCCAACGUCUUUUGGCAAUUUGGAGGGGAUAGAGACCUUGGAUUUGUCACACAAUGAAAUUUCUGGUUUGAUUCCUCAAUCACUAGCAAAGUUGGAUGAACUUGCGAUCCUAGAUGUAAGCAACAACAUGCUCAGUGGUAAGAUUCCUUUGGGUGGGCAAAUGAACACGAUGAACGACUUGAGGUAUUUUGCAAACAACAGUGGAUUAUGCGGAAUGCAGAUUAUGAUUAAAUGUCCUGAGGACAUCAUACCAACAGAUGGAAGUGAGGAGGAAGAGGAGAAACAAUCAUGGAUUUUGUGGGAGGGAGCUUGGGUUGGUUUUCCCAUCGGUUUCUUCAUAACAAUCUUGAUCAUGGGCUAUUAUCUCAACUUUUUACUGCUAAAUUUUGGUGAAAUGUUUUACGAUUCUCAGUUUCGCCAUCUACCCAUUGGUGAAUUUUAA